CCUGCCCGCAAUCGCCUGUCUCUCUCUCCUCUAUCCGACGUGGUUCCCCCACCGACUUGGAGAAUCCUCCUUAGUUUACAUCCGACCCUCGGGUCGUCUUUUGUCGUGUUGCAUCGCUGUCGAAAUCCCUAGCCUUUCUCUCUUUCCAACUCGCUCUCUCCGUUUGUCGCCAACUGGUCGUUUGCGCAUAGCUCUUCUGCUUUUUCUCUCUCAGUGCAUUGUGUCCUUUUCUUGCUGUCGAUUCCUCACCCCCUUGACGUAGCAAAGCGGCAGAAAAUCUGCACAACAAUCUGUCGAAAAACCUCGCCUUUCCGAUCUCUUUCGAUCUUCACGCCUCCUCUUUGACAUGUCACGACCCGAUGCACAUCUCUACGAAUACGAGCAGCCCCCUUUCGACGGCCGUGGAUAUGGCCAGUACAUUGGCCACGGCUCUGGCCCAUCCUUGCGCGUCCGACACAGCAUCUCGCCGCCCGACUUUGUUCGUCGAGACUUGCUCGCACACAGCUUUUAUUCCACCCCGCCUCUGGCCGUCGAUCGCCGCACGUUGACGUCGAGCACACAGAAUGCUAACGGCUUCUCUCCCCGCCUGUACAACUCACUGCCCGCUGGCAGGGACGGUGACAGCUGGAGCAUCAAGCCGGCGCCGCUCUCGGCCACGCCGACGGCCAACAAACAGGACAGUGGCAGCGCGGUUCCACAACUUCAACCGCCACUCUCGUCCUUUGUCCACCACCACCACAGUCCUUCUCCUCCUCGCGCUCCCUCCGUUACCGAACUCUACAGUUCCUCUGUGCUCCCUCCUCCACCCGCUUUCAACGAGCGGGACUUGCGAGACUCGCGCGGUUUCUACAUCGGCCACCGUCACCUGCAGCAGCAGUCGAGCUCGCCAGUUCAGGUACCUCACGCGCAACCCCCACCUCCUUCUAUUCCCUCCCCAACUAACGGCACAUCCUCUUCCCGCUGCACGCUGUGGUGGAGCGAUCUUGAGCCUUGGAUGGACGAAGAAUACGCGAAGCAGGUCUGCAACCUUAUGGGUUGGGACCCCGUCAAUAUCAAGGUGCCUCGUCCUGCGCCGGACCCGAUCACCGGCCAACAGGCGAACAACCCGGGGUAUUGCUUCCUGACUUUCCCUACUCAGGCCCACGCGACGUCAGUGCUCUCGCAAAUCAACAACGGGAACGGCGCGUCCAUGAUCAUGCCGAACUCUAACAAACCGUUCACGCUCAACUGGGCCUCGUCCAUACCAACGGCGCCCGCCCCUCCCGUAUUGCCUGGGCAGACGGUUAUGAUCCCCAGCGGUCAGAACCCGCAGUACCCCAAAGAGUACAGCAUCUUUGUCGGCGACCUUGCGCCGGAGGUGUCGAAUUCUGACCUUGUUGCGGUUUUCCGCAACCCUGUGCUUGGUCUGCGCAACGACAGAGAGCCGCGCUUCAUACGUCCAUUCCUGAGUUGCAAGAGCGCCAAGAUUAUGUUGGAUCCUGUGACAGGCGUGUCGCGAGGAUACGGUUUCGUUAGAUUCACAGAUGAAGCGGAUCAACAGCGGGCCCUAAUUGAGAUGCAUGGCCUCUAUUGCUUGUCCCGUCCGAUGCGAAUCUCUCCCGCGACUGCCAAAUUCAAGCCGCCGCCUGGGAUGAAUGGCCUGGACUUUUCACAAAUGCCAUUCCCGGUUGUGUCAUCGUCUUCACCAGUGCUUCCGGAUCAACAAAGCCAAAUGACGAUCGCACUAACUCUGCCCAGUGGAAACCAGACGAAGAGUGUUUCCGCACCCCUUGCCGGUCCGGCUGGAGCGUCGUCGAACGGUAACACUGUGUCGAACUCUACAUCAAACUCGUCACUUUCUGCGCCCUCUCUCAGUUCAGGCUCUAGUACGGCCUCGUCGUCGUCGACCCUGGCUUCUACGACCUCCGAUGAUGCAAUCAAGGCUGCGCAGUACGCCGGCGCUGCCUCUACCGCGUCUCCCGGACCUGUGAACAGUAGCGGCGCCCCAUCGGUCUCCGUACCAUUCGCAUUGUCAAGUCAGGAGGCGGCGAUUGCACAGAAGUAUAACAUCCCGGAGGAAUCUUGGAAGCACCACGCCCAGGCGCGCGCGAUACUUUCCAAUCUGAUUGGACCUAACGGAGAACAGCUCACUUCAUCUGAUCCAUAUAACACUACGGUGUUCGUUGGAGGCCUGUCACCUUUGAUCUCCGAGGAGACCUUGAGGACAUUCUUCGCACCCUUUGGCGAUAUUCACUAUGUCAAGGUGCCGGUUGGGAAGCAUUGCGGCUUCGUGCAGUUUGUGCGUAAACCGGACGCGGAGAGGGCUAUCGAGAAGAUGCAGGGCUUCCCUAUCGGUGGCAGUAGAAUCAGACUCAGCUGGGGUCGUAGUCAAUACAAGGCGGCUCAAGCUGCUGCCCAAGCAGCCCAGGCGGCCGCUUUCCAGGCUCAGUACCAAGCGCAAGUGUCUGCAGCGCAGAACACGACGUCGAUGACGCCGGAGCAGGCUCUCCAGUUGUUGCAGAAGUUCGGACUCACGAAUUUGUUGAACGGCAACGUCUCCCUAGGCAACGGUGGAGAUAACGAGAGCCAUACGGCUGCCUUGCCAGAAAUGAACGGUGAUCGUGCGAACGGGUUGAAUUCAAUCAAUUGCACUGCAGGUCAACGCCUUCCGCCGCCUACAUCAUCGUUCUCUCCGUUUUCUCCGGAUCCGAACUACCUUGGAGAUGGUCUGAAAAUGCUAGACCAGACGGCUUCUGGUCAAGGGCAGGUGUUUGGUAACGUUCCCAAAGGAUACCCGCCGUGGUACAACCCUGCCUCGGACGAGAAAUACGCGACAGGCGGCAAGGCUUCUCCCGCGGGGUUACAGACGAUCCGUCCCCCGAGUGUAUCGCAACGGUUCAAUUCCAUGCUUGGGGAGGUCGUGUCGUCUUCGCAUUUGCCUUUCCAGCAGAGUCGUGCGUCAUCUCGUCAGGAGACUCCGAUCCCAAGAGCCGAUGUAUCCAGGAGGGGCUCGCAUGAUCAGUACGGCGCACACGAACAGGAACAGGAUCCCAUCCACGACCUCAAUGGCACUCUCGCUAGCCUUGAACUCAACAGCCCAGCCAUGUGGAAAGGAGGAGACGCGGUGCACACCUUGCCCUCCUCGCCUUGAGUGAAUCUCACGAAACUUACGUCCUCUUCAUUGUCUACGUAUUCUCUCGUCAUCUUUACUCCGGUCUUAUCAUGGCUUUGUCCUCCGAUACCGUGUCUUCGACGUUUUGUCCCAUAUCGUCAAUCUACCCGUCUCUUGGGUUUUAAGAACGAACGGUUCCGCCGCUCACGUUUGUUACGCGCUGUCGAUUCGCAUGGCUCACAGGCUCACCCCACUGUCAUCGUCUCUAUCGUCGCACGCGGGGUCUGUUGAAUAUGCAUUCGUUCUGCAUCAUAUCAUACUGUGUUCACCUUUACGCAGCGAAAAUUUGUCAUUACUCUGUUCGAUAUACUCUGUUGUUUUGUUUCGUCUAGUUGCCCGGUUUUCUGUUGUCAUGACAUGUCGUGCUAUUUCCCGCAUAAAUGCGGAUGGGUUAUGUACAUAAAGUACACAAACUAACCAAAUGGAUUGCUCACUGUCUCUCCUUGCC